GUCACCUUGAAAUGUAAACACACUUUAUUUGAGCAACAGAUUUAGAUAACAUUCUUAUUUUACAUAAUCAAAAGUUUAUAACCGUCAGUUGUGAAAGUAGGAACCUCAUUUAGGCGUGGAAUAUUUGAAAUAACGAUGACACAAAGAAAAGUAGCUGUGGUGACAGGCAGUAACAAAGGCAUAGGGUUUGGUAUUGUGCGAGGGCUGUGCAAAAAGUUUGAUGGUGAUGUUUAUCUAACAGCCAGGGAUGAAACUAGAGGACAGGAGGCUGUGGCAUCCCUAGAGAAGGAGGGCCUGAAACCAAAAUUUCACCAAUUGAAUAUUGAUGACCUAGCUAGUAUUCAACGACUCAGGGAUUUUCUCAAGUCCACAUAUGGAGGCCUUGAUGUCUUGGUUAACAAUGCUGCAAUUGCUUAUAAGGCGGCUGCAACUGAACCAUUCUCAGAGCAAGCAGAAGUAUCAUGUAGGGUGAAUGUGUUUGGUGUAAUCAACACAUGUAAUGAACUAUUUCCUCUUCUCAGACCUCACGCAAGAGUGGUACAUGUGUCCAGUUUUGUUGCCAAGAUGGUGACAGAUAAAAAUGCAACAGUAAAGAAAAUAUUCGGGGAUUCUAAGCUUACUCAAGAGGGAUUGAUUGAUCUUGUCAACGAUUUUGUUAAAUGUGCAAAAGCAGGGAAUCAUGAGGCCAAGGGGUAUGCUAACACAGCAUAUGGUAUGACCAAAGUAGCUGUCAGUGCAUUAACAGGUAUCCAGCAACAACAGUUUAACAAAGAUCCACGAGAAGACAUCAUCGUCAACUCUGCUGACCCAGGUUAUGUUAACACAGAUAUGUCCAGCGGAAAAGGGAAAAAAACUAUUGAUCAGGGUGCCAUAGAGCCUCUAGCAUGCGCUCUCCUACCAGCUAAUGUUGGGGCCCCCAAGGGUGAAACAAUUACUAGCGGUACCAAGGUUUUGCCAGUGUUUUAACCUACGAACUAUGAAGCAUGCAGUGUAACAUGCACACCGGUACAUAAGGAAUCUAUCAACCAGUGAGAGACAUGACUUUAAUCAAGAAAUCAAUGCCAAAAUGACAUGUAUUAUUUUUUCAUAUAUGGCUUUUUCAUCUGAAACUAUUUUAGUUCUACGAGACUACUAUACC